UGCGACCCUUGGACCAUGUGACCCAUCGCCAUUCGCCAUGGGCAACAGCAGCAGCAUCACCGAAGACAGAGUCAGCGGUCCAGUGGGUCCAGUGGGUGCAGUGGACUAUGGCAAGUUGCAUGCGUACGUGUCGAAUCUGCUCACGGAUGCCGCGGCGCUCUCCGCGCACUGCCGGGAGCUCUGGGACGACGUGGGCGCCGUCGACGUCCUGCCGCAGGAGGAGCUGCAGCCGGUGACGCAGAGCUUGAUCGACGGCUUGGGAUGUCGCCAUCCCAGCAGCCUGGAACGAAUCGGCCAAGUCUAUAGCACCUUUGCACAUCGGAAAGGACUUUCUCUCCUGGAGUUUCAGGGCUAUGUGGCUUGCGUUCUCACCCAGAUCUUGAGAGAAUUGUUUGCUCGUUCCGCAGGAUCCCUGGAGAGCCUGGAGCGCGACUGCGACGACCUCUCCGAGCGCAGCGUGGCGCAGAGCCUGGCGAAUCCUCGGGCGCCCUUCGCGGUGACCUUGGCGGAGGAGCCGGUGGAAGAUCCGCAAGAUCCUCCAGAUCCGCAAGAUGCUGAGGCUCCGGAGGAGUUGAGUGAGUUGCAACGUUUGACCCAGGAGUUGACCUCGUUGAACACGUCCCUGGCGCGCUUGGAAGCGGCGCAGCCCGUGGAAGUUUCGGCCGUGGAGGCCGUGGAAGCCCCGGUGGAAGCGCCGGCCGCGGAGCCAUCGGCGCCGGGCGCUCCGGGCCGGGAGAUGGCCACGCUGCUGACAACGCUGGAGGAUUUGAACCGAUCCUUGGGGCAAUUGGAGCCCUCGCAGCAGCAGAAUGUGGAGAAAAUGGCUGGGGAAGCUGAGAUCCAGCAGAUGAUGCAGAUGCAGAUGCCGAAAACUGGAAGUCCGUCUGGACAAAGUCAUCACUGUGCCAGACAGCCACAAGCCGCACAAGCCGCAGAAGCCACAGAAGCGAAAGCGCACCACUUGGAGCAGGUCUUUCCACAGCAAGCACCUCGGGUGCCUCCUGCGGCACAUCCGGCACCAGGGGCCAUCGGGGCCAAUCUGGCCAUCGGGGCCAUCGAUCCAGGCAAUACCUACGCUCGAGCCCUCCGUGGAGGGGUCCAUGAGAUGGCAGGGGAGGUCCGGCCCUGGACCAGACUGGAUGUGGAAGCUUCCCAGGAGGCUGGU